AUGCUACGCAUUACUUCACAGCGAGCCAGAUUCGCGAAUGUAAUGCAGAAACUCCCAUCUGAUAUGAUGGACGAAAUUUCUGAUGUCCUCUCCGAUUUGCGCGAGCAUGAACCGUACGAUCACUUAAAGGAAGCAAUCCUCAAGCGAACCGGACGUUCCGAGGAAGAUAUGAUCCAAGAGAUACUGCGGAACGUCACUAGAGGCGACAAAACGCCAUCCCAGCUUCUCAGAUAUAUGAGGAACCAGCUGGGAAAGCACAACUUCGACCACAGCGUUAACGCUGUUCGCGCCCCCGACAUAGCGAAGCACGAACGCUACGAGCCUAGUAAAACGGAACGGGCGUUGGCCGACCUUCAACGGCAAAUUCGGGAGCUCCAGAUCUCCCUGCGCCCGCGGACGAGGACAUCGACCCCAUCUCGACGGAGACGAACCCCCAGCCGAGAACGGCGAAGCGACCAGGGUGUUUGUUGGUUUCAUCGCACAUUCGGCGAUGAGGCCAGGAAUUGUGCGGCCAUCAGCGUGGUACCCCUUCAGAACGACCACACCGCUAAGCCCACCCUGAUCAAACUACGAGCAGCGAAUGGUUCCGCGAUAGACACGUACGGAGAAAGGACCCUUACUUUGAAUAUCGGUAUGCGACGCGAUUUCACGCGGACAUUUACCGUGGCCAACGUGAAGGUACCCAUCCUCGGCGCGGAUUUCCUGGCGCAUUACGCACUGGCGGUCCAUAUGAACCCUAGGACUCUGUCCGAUACGACGACGAAUCUCCGUGUCUUAGGUACCCCUACACGUCAAGGCUCCACAGGAAUCAGCGUCGCAACAUGCCAUGGUCGCGAGUACUUAGAUCUCCUGACGCAGUUCACGGAUAUAACGCUGCCACUCCAAACGUUUUCAAAACCAACAUCUCCUUUCGUCGAGGAACUCCGCCACAAAAUGGCCCGGCUUAAAUAUGCAACUCCACGACAGCAACCGGUGAAUUCGUACAUCCCUCAACACUUGCGAGAUUGCAAAUUCGUUUUCGUACGGAACGACGCCGUGAGACGACCACUCACGCCGGCAUACCAAGGUCCUUUUCAGGUUCUUCGACGCACCGACAAGCACCUUACGAUCAAGCGCGCCAACUCGACCGACACCAUCGCAAUCGAUCGGACCAAGCCUGCUUUUCUGGAGAAGCGACAGUAUGACGCAAACCCGGCUCUGCGGCCCCUAAUGCUAUUCCAGCGCACCCAUCAGACGCAGCACCGCAGACAUCAAACGACACCCCAGCGACUCCUGUGCGGCAGACCCGAUCUGGUAGGAGGGUCACUUUCCCUAAAGACCUUCGUAAAUAUUAUUAUUAUUAAUUGA